AUGCCUGUGAAGAGAAGAUUGAAAGCAUAUGGAGCACCAUACGAACCAGGUUCCCAACGAAUAAAGUACCAUGAUGCUUCCGAAACACAGGAUAUUUGGAAAAAUUUGGAUAAGAUAAGGAAGAGUUUUCCAGAAUAUUGUGAUAUUGAAUUAAAGAAUAGCUGUCUCUUUAUCGAACUACCGAACACUAUAACGAUCGAUGAUGUGCGUUUCUGCAUAAAAGCGUUGCAUGUUUACAUCUCGUCAGAAAAGCUCCAAUUCAUUGAAACAACUCAACAUGACGUUUAUUCUUCUUUUAUCUUUCUGAAGAAUUUCAAUAUAUUAGACUGUUGCUUAGUAUUAUCAGUAAUAUUUGCAUUUAGGAAUAAACAACUUUUAGUGCCAUUCAACAAGGAAUAUUUUAAUAUACCGGAAGAUAUUCCAUUGGGAGGGAGCAUAUAUCUUUCUCGAAGUAGCAUACUGAGGUGGAAUCGAAAACUGUUCCCUAAAAUUGACAAGUUAAAUACCGCAGCCUUUAAAUUUACCGAAUCGGAUUUCAGCACAUUAUCGUACUUUAAAGAGAUAUUCAUCGAAUUCCCCAGCAAUUGUUCUUUGACGUAUUUUGUUAAUGGUAUCACGAAACAUUUUCUGAAUAUAAAGUUUGGGAAAUGUGGUAAACAAAUUGAGUCCAGAUUUACUAGGUCACUACUUGGUUUCGAGAAGCAUUUGAAUAUGUCUCUUUAUGAAUUACCGUUUAUUGUGAACGCUGUUGGGCUAUUUGAUAUGGAAUCUUUGCGUGAGUGUAAUAAAACAGUACUUGAAAGCUCGAAGGCAAACAUUCUGAAAUAUAACGACGAAAUGGAACAAUAUAAUGAUCCGUCUAAAGUGUCUAAACCGUCUGUUAAAGAAAACAUAGACAAAGUGGGCCUAGUCACGCAACAAAAGGGAAGUAACCAAUAUAUUGGGAAGAAUGCCACCUCAAGAUUUGGGGAGUUAUCUUCAGGGGCAAGAGGUACUACCUCAGGACCAGAAAAUAGGCCCGGUUUCAUGACUCAAGAGGAAAUCAAAGAACACUGUAUCGCAACAAUCAAGGCAGCAAAAGAUUUUGUAAGAGAAAAAUCACCGUAUCAGAUUUUAAAACUGUAUGUCAAAUGUCCUCGUCAGAAUUAUGCGGAUCAAGUAUAUCAACAAUUGAAUGAUCUGAGGGCUCAAACGAAUUGUAAUAUCGUGGUGUUGAACUUGAGCAAUCUACAUGAAUCCACUCAAUGGUUUGCCUCUUUAGACGUGUCUAAAUAUACUAAGUUUAGCCAACAUCCACAUCAGAGUACAGUUCGUGUGGUAAGUAUUGGUGGAGUUGGCGAGUACAUAUUAAAGGCAUUGGACCUCAUUUCAAGAAUAAUGGAAGGAUAA